CAACACCAUCGCUCCAUCACCACCACCUCUGCACCUCUCCCACCCACCACAACGCCUGUCAACGGCCCCAGCUGCGCUGCACUCCUGCUGCACGCCCUUCUCUGUUAGACUCACCAUUUUACAAUUCGCAUUUUCCGCUGCAGGUCGCUUUUUGGCCCUUAUCUCGUGCGUAGGCGAUCGUUCGCGACACCUUGCACCUCACUAAUUUUCUACCACGUCACCACCUCUCCCUUUUUUUUUCUUCUUCCGCUCCUUUGCGCACCCUUUUCCCACUACAUAUUUUAAUUAUUUCCACGUUUAACGACUCUUUUCCUUCGAGCGAACGUUGCCGAGCCAUAUCUGUGCUCCGACGUCACCUUUUCGUGUGAUAAGACUCUGUAACCCGAUGCGCCCGACUCUUGCCACGACAGAUGAGCGCUGCGUCUACUAGGCUUCCACUUCUCUCGCAAUGCAGUCCAUGUUUCGCCUCCCUUGGAGCACCGAGGCCCCAGGGGACAAAAUCAUGGAGAAGGCUACCCUUCAUAAGUCAAGACCACUGCCCGUUGUUGAGAUCCCAACCUUCGUGAACAAGCUUAAGAGGAAGAGGACCGAUAGUCCCGAGCCCGCGUCCCCGCACCAUGCGCACGUCGUGAAGAGGCGGAAAAGCGUGUUGGGUGAAGUGAAGCCUGCUGGGGUUGGGAUUGGAAGUGCGGACCGUGUUCAUGUUGUUGACGGAUUGGUGACUGAAUCUUCGAAGCCCGUGGACCCUUUAGUACAGACUCCGAAAGCUGCUCCCCCUGAGAUAUUGGAAUCGCGACCCAAAGCGCAGCCCUCGAAAAAGGAAGGCGCAAACAAGCCCAAGAUUCCUAAAUCUCAGAGGCCUACUGCUAAACCUGAACCUCCAUCUGCCGACAACCCCACGCCUGCUAUGAAAUCGGACCUCACCCGCGCGCAGCAGGCGAUUGAGGCCCAGUUCAACUACGAGAUUCUAUUGAAGCACAACGAACUUCGCCUGAUCGAGCAAGAGCUAGCCAAGUGUCAAGUCGCGUUGGAGCAGCUGAGGCGUUGUUCGCUCAUUCCGUAUCCGGGUAGUCAAGGGCUAUCUGAAAAUGUUAGCGGUGGUGUUGGCGCUGCCCUUCAACCACCUCUCGGCUAUACGGAACCCGAGUAUGCAGCACCUUGGGGAGUCACCGAUGGACCCUACACCCGCCAUUAUGCCAAGUGGUUAAUCCCGGACCCCAAAUUUGAUUCCAUGCCAGAGCGGAUGCUCGCUCAACAGUCUCAGGGUUACUUUGGUGUAGGAGAGGGCCGUGCUACCCGUGGAAGCUUUGCAGAGUUUGGCUCCACUGGCAAGGCCCGCACGUCUCGAACUUCAACUGGAACGCUGAAGCUUCAGGCGCUUGGUGAAACUCCAGCACCUGCACCCAAGAUUGAUCCACUACUCCAUAAGCGAUCUACCGAUGGCCAAUGGGUCCGGUUGUACUGCGCACAGUGUGGCCACAGCAACUUCUCCAACACGCAAGGAUUUCUUAACCAUUGUCGUAUCAAGCACAAUCAAGUUUUCAAGAGCCACGACCAGGCAGCAAUCGCAUGCGGCAUCCCCGUCGAUAUCAAUGAAGUGGGCAACCCUGUUUCGGCCACCGAACCUCCGUCAACAACCGUAACGACCCCAGCAGCGACAUUCCCGCCACCAACGACACCUGGUUUCGUUCAUCCGCUUGUUCGGACGAAUCCAACGGAACUUGCCAAGGAAGUUCAUCGGGAUUUUAACAAAUCAACCCGUGAUGAGUCGAAACAGAGUGCGCCGGUGCCGAAGCCAGGAUUCACUGGGGCUCCAGCAAUGCCGUACAUGAAUUCGCUACUCCAGAAACGUGGCUUUGGUGGCGACUUGAAGCGGAUGGUCGAUACAGUGCGGACGAAGAUUGAUCUCGACUCGAUAGAGACAUCGGACGAUGAACUCGCCGACUCGGCUGUUCAGACCCCGACCACGGCCAAGCCAACAUCAUUGCCACUGGCGCGUCUUCCUGUCGGCGCUCCAAACAUGACCCCAGCCAGCAAAGCUCCAUCAGCACGGCCAGGCAGCAAGAAGAGCCAACCAAACGGUCACGCGCGACAUCCUAUUUCCUUCCCUUCGCGAGUUAGCGUUAACGGAUCAAGCCACGUCAGUGGACACCACUUGCCAGCCUCACCGGUAGAUCUCAGCCCCAAUACUGUUGAGUCUAACCCUGGCUUAGUGAGCGACCAUGAUGACGACGACGAAGAGGAUGGAUAUGACGCCCACAGUCAGCCAGAUCUUGUCAUGAACGAUGAUGUUGUUGUCGAGGACGCCAGUGAUGUCGAAGGUGUUGAGGAGAGGACUGGAUCGCGCAAGGGGCUUGGGGGUUGCUUCGAGAAAGGAGAGGGGAGUCGCAAGCAUUAGAUGGGGAGCGAGUUAAGUCGGGCUCUCUGUCAUUUCUGAAAAGAUUGUGUCUUUGUUAUUCCUGUUUUCAUAUCUGUCCUCGAACUCCCACCUAUGCUCUAGAAACAUUUCCCUAUCUCGACCCUUCCAUAUGUCUCUCUCCUCGGCGGCUGGUUUUGGUUUCUUAGGGGAUAUACAGGUACCAGCAAUGGACGGGCGGGUGGCCUGCCUGCAGGCUGGAUGAGAACCGGUCUCAUCCCUUUUCCGAGAACAUCACGAGAAAUCUGUUUGACAUCUCUUCUCUCAUGUGCGCCUGAACCACGGGUGUUCAAUAGGCGCUGGGUACGUCUGUGUGUAUUAUUGUUUGUAUGGUUUUGGAAUGUCAUGGUAGUCAUUAGUAGACUGGGUUGCGGGAAGUUGGGGUUUGGAGGUUUGGGGGAUUUAGGUUAGGGGACAAAAAUUAGUGGGCGGGGUGCCUGCUGUUUGUAUAUACUUUUAAUGAUAGCUAUGGAUUGGAU